CGCUCCCCCCGCCGGCACCCCGGGAGGAAGGAAGGAAGGAAGGAGGGAGGGAAAGAGGCAGGGAAAAGGGAGGGAGGGAGAUGACAGCGCCGUGAAGAAAAGCAGGGGCCCCGCCGCCCGCCCCGCCGCACCGCACGACCGGGCCCUCGCGGGCCAGAGUCACCUGGGAAGGGAUGCUGCGGGACAGCAGGUGCCCAGCAGAUAGCCCAGGGCACUGGCUGCCUGCCUGGGGGAUCUUCUGAGUACAGCAGGGACACGCAGAGGACACAGGAGCUCCCUCACUUGCCAUCCCCAUGGAGAGGAGAAUGGCUUUGCCCCAGGAUUUUCGGGAGGUGCUGCACUGCCUGAAGAUGAGGAGCAAGUAUGCCGUGCUGCUAGUGUUUGUGGUGGGGCUGGUCAUCAUCGAGAAGGAGAAUAAAUUCAUCUCCAGGGUGUCAGACAAGCUGAAGCAGUCCCCGCAGGUGCUGCCGGAGGCCAAUGAGACAGAGGCCAGCCUGAUGCCGGCUGAGAACGGGUCUCUGGCCUCACUGCGGCAGCUGGAUGCAGCCUUCUCACAGCUGAGGACGCGGCUGCGCAACGUCACUUUGCAGCUGGCCAGGGAACUGGGCACAGCAGCCCCAGGGCCACGGCGGCACGUCCUGCUGAUGGCCACCACGCGCACCGGCUCCUCCUUCGUUGGGGAGUUCUUCAACCAGCAGGGCAACAUCUUCUACCUCUUUGAGCCUCUGUGGCACAUUGAGAGGACGGUCACUUUCGAGCCGGGGGGGGCCAACGCGGUGGGCUCGGCCCUGGUGUACCGUGAUGUGCUGCAGCAGCUCCUCCUCUGCGACCUCUACAUCCUGGAGAGCUUCAUCUCGCCAGCACCCGAGGAGCACCUAACGGCCGCCCUGUUCCGGCGGGGCUCCAGCCGCUCACUCUGCGAGGAGCCCGUCUGCACGCCCGGCCUCAAGAAGGUCUUUGAGAAGUACCACUGCAAGAACCGCCGCUGCGGGCCCCUCAACGUCACGCUGGCGGCCGAGGCGUGCCGGCGCAAGCAGCACGUGGCCCUGAAGACGGUGCGCAUCCGGCAGCUGGAGUUCCUGCAGCCGCUGGCCGAGGACCCGCGGCUGGACCUGCGCAUCAUCCAGCUGGUGCGGGACCCGCGCGCCGUGCUGGCGUCACGCAUGGUGGCCUUCUCGGGCAAGUACGAGAGCUGGAAGAAGUGGGCAGCCGAGGGGGAGGCCCCGCUGCAGGAGGACGAAGUGCAGCGGCUGCGGGGCAACUGUGAGAACAUCCGACUGUCGGCCGAGCUGGGGCUGCGGCAGCCACGCUGGGUGCGAGGCCGUUACAUGCUGGUGCGCUACGAGGACGUGGCGCGGGCGCCGCUGCACAAGGCGCUGGAGAUGUACCGCUUCGCCGGCAUCCACCCCACGCCGCAGGUGGAGGAGUGGAUCCGCGCCAACACGCAGGCGCCCCGGGACGGCAGCGGCAUCUAUUCCACACAGAAGAACUCCUCGGAGCAGUUUGAGAAGUGGCGGUUCAGCAUCCCCUUCAAGCUGGCGCAGGUGGUGCAGGAUGCCUGUGAGCCGGCCAUGCGGCUCUUCGGCUACAAGCUGGCCGGCAGCGCCCAGGAGCUGACCAACCGCUCGCUCAGCCUGCUGGAGGAGGGGCCCCCCACGCGGGUCACGUAGUGCGGCGCCGCUGCCCCCGUACGCCCGGCCGGCCCGGAGUGACCCUGUGCCAUGGACUAGGAACCGGGGCGUCCUCGCAGUAGCGGUGGGUUCUUGGGAGGGGCGAUCAGGAGAUGGCACAGGGAUGCUGUGGCAGAGGGGUGAAGCUGUUCAGUUCCGCUCCCGAUGGAAGGAUGAGACCCUGAGAUUGAAAACCCAAGCGCAAUGGGCACUCAGAGCCCGUAGCAGAGCCUGACCUGUGUGCCAACUCCAGCGGUGCCUUCUCUUUUCUGCAAAGGGCCAUUGAGCCAAGCACAGGAGAACCAGAGUUUGCAGCCAGCAACCCGCAGCCCCAACCAGGGGACAAUUUUCUGGGAGCGUUCUGCAACUUGGAGGUUUUCCAAAGCUACCAAACGUCAUGAGCACUCCUGGGUGGACUCCAUCAUGGGAAGCAAUGUCACUGCCCCAUGGGCACACGCUCUCUGCAUGUUCCAAUGUGUGCACCGAGUGCCAGCGGCAUGGUGUGCUGGCACCAGCAGGGACUUGGACCUCAAAGGCCUUACUGGUUUAGUGCCUUGGUACCAGCACUGACUGGGAGCUGCCUGCAGCAGGACAAGGCGGCCCCUCAGUUUGUGCUCUGCAGUGCUGAUUGUUGGGUGGGGUGGUCCUUUUGAUUUAUUUUCUACAUUCUUCUCUGUGUACUGGGGUUGCAGGGCAAAUUUAUUUAUUUAUUAUGUUUUAAAAAAAAAAGGGGGCGGGGAGGUACAUCAGGGGUCAGAGCUAAGCCCAAAAAUUGGAGCAGCACAAUGUGCUGCACAGACCUACAGAGGAGGUGGUGGGAGCGCAGCCCACAGGAGGCCUCCAGGGAUGGGAUGAGUUACGGACGCAGCUCCUGGGAUACGCAGCCGCAGCAAGGGAUGCUGUGGUGACCUCACACAGGGCGAGGGUGCUCUCCAGAGCCCACAGCUUGCCCCAGAGAAACCGAACCUUGGCGCCUGCGGGAAGCUCGUUCACUUGACUUCAUUAGAAAUGGGCAAAAAAGCAAUACAAAGGAGCAGAGUCCAAAA